AUGCCUCUCAUUGCACAGAAUCCCUUACCUCGCCUGAUCCUUGGGCUGAUGACCUUUGGUCCUAACCCGGAUAAAGGCGCCCGAAUCACCUCCCUCGAUGAGUACAAGAAGUGCUUGGACUAUUUCCAACAGCAAGGCUUCAAUGAGAUUGACACAGCUCGUAUUUAUGUUGGUGGUGAGCAAGAAGCGUGGACAGCGAAGACUGGCUGGAAAGAGCGUGGUUUGACGAUUGCUACAAAAUGGUACCCCAAAUCACCAGGCUUCCAUAAGCCAGCUAUCCUGCGUGAGAACUUCGAGAAGUCCCUCAAGGAAUUGAACACCGACCAGGUGGAUAUUUUCUACCUGCAUGCACCCGAUCGCUCUGUUCCUUUCUCGGAGACUCUGGAAGAGGUCAACAAGCUGCACAAGGAGGGCAAAUUUAUCAACCUCGGCCUGAGCAAUUUCACAGCAUUUGAACUAGCUGAGAUUGUGACACUCUGUGCCGAGCGAGGCUGGGUUCGUCCUACAAUCUUCCAAGCUAUGUACAAUGCCAUCACCCGCAACAUCGAGACCGAAUUGGUCCACGCCUGUCGUCGCUACGGUCUCGACAUUGUUAUCUACAACCCAUUGGCCGGUGGAUUGCUAUCCGGAAAAUACAAGACCAAGGAUCUCCCCGCUGAUGGACGCUUUGGUGAACACAGUUCCACGGGAGUCCUUUACCGCGGCCGCUACUUCCAGGAUUCAACCUUUGAGGCUCUUAGCAUCAUCGAACCUGUCGUUAUAAAACACGGUUUGACAAUGGUUGAAACUGCACUCCGCUGGGUUCACCAUCACUCGGCCCUUGAUUUCGGCAAUGGCGGACGUGACGGCAUCCUCCUCGGUGUGAGCAGCUUCUCACAGCUGGAGACUAACAUUCGGGACGUGCUGAAGGGACCUCUUCCAGAGGAAGUUGUGGAGGCACUCGACCAGGCUUGGAUGGUUGCGAAGCCUUAUUCUGCAAAUUACUGGCACUUGGAUUUGAAAUACACAUACAACACUCACGAUUCUCUCUUUAAGCCCAAGGCUUAG